UUUUGCCUUUACAUGCUGUAAUAUCUCAUAUCUCAUAUCCCAUAACUAAGUGAGGUAAAGAAUUAACAGUGACUCUGGGCUCAGGGCAGUGUACACUAUAAACACAGACGCAAAGACUGACAGAACAAAGACUAUCCUGUCGUAAAAGGUGAUUGCCUUCAUAUCUAUCUCCUAACACUGUUGUAUAAAUGAGGAACAGCUAUCAUGGACAAAGAGAGGAGUCCAUAGACCCGGCCUCGGGUGAGGAAACAACAAAGUCAAUGAAUGGCAUGGGAGGAUCCCAACAACAAAGGAUGAAAGGAUAUGUGUUUACACCCUCAAGGUGUCAGAACAGGUUUCAGACCUUGGGAACAAAUGUCAGAUAUGGAAGUGACUGUCUGUGCAACACUGCCACCCACAGGACAUCUUAAACAUCAUUAGUUGAUCUACACUGCCAUCUACAGGACACUACUAACUUGGAGGUUUCCAUGGCUCAUCAUAUGACAUCGACUUGAUUGGCUGGGACUGUCUUUUGGGUGUGGCUAUCCUGGGAAAAGUGUAGUAUGCUUGUUUGAAUGGUCUUCCUUAUGUGUAUAUAAAGAGCAUUGUAAAUCCCUUGUUAGUUAGUCACUUUCCACUCCCUUCCAUUGCAUCCUUCCCUAUCCCUUUCUACCUCCCUCCAUGUUAGUUAGUUCCCUUUUUAUGUUAUACCUUUUAGUUCCUUUGUAAAUAAAUACCACUUAUUUAAAGAUCAGUCUGUCUCAAGUCAUUAGCCUGGCACCUCAAAAUAGAGCAGAUCCAACAUAUUGGCACCCCAGAUUUGAGGAUUUCAACUAAACCCAUCAUCCUAAGGAAAAGGAAUCUGCUUGGCUGAGAAGAUUUGAGAAGCCUGAGACUGACGCGUUAAAGGUCUGACCAGAAAAGAAAGCCUGGAGCCUAACACAGUGGAAAGAAGUUAAGGAACACUUUAAGUAAGGUAGUAAGGUCAGUUAUUGUGUAGAAACUAAGGUAUAGUUUGUUGUUGUUGUGAAGUUUAGUGUUUUGUUUGUGUAAGUAAUUGUUUGUAGUGUGUAUUGUUUGUUGUAAACAUGGAAUUUGUUGAAAGAUAUGUAAACAAAUAUGCUUCAGCUGAUUACAAUUCAUGUGCAGAUGAGUCUUUGACACAUCAGUUUAAAAGUCUACUGACACAGUGUCAAAGUUACAACAAUAAAGUAAAAUGUAAUCAUCUUGCAAAAAUGGUAAAGAAAAUUAAAAUGGCCAAUGAAAUAUUAGCAUUAUUAAAGAUGAAAGUUAUUGCUGAGAAUAAGGCAGAACAGUGGAGAAAUGAGAAGGUCCAGUUUAGAGAAGACUUGGAAAAGUUUGGUGAGUCACUUAUUGUAGCAGCUAGCACUUCAGAAGAGCAUAUUUCAGAAUUAGAAGAACUGAGGGAGAAGGUAGAACUGUUAGCUAAACAGAAUGAUUUGUUAGAAGAAAAGUUGAAGGAUUGUGAGGAGAGGUGCAGGCUCAGAGAACAAGAGGUGAUAUCUUUAGAAAGCAAGGCUGGAUAUGAACUAAAUGUCCCAGUAAGUGUCUGCCCUGUUACUGAGCAAGAGAUAAAAGAUGCAGAACAAGGUAUAAGACCACAAACAUUACCUAGUCCAACUCUCUUUAGCCCCCAAUCAGAAUGUGCUAGACAACGGAUCGAUAAUACAUAUGUGCCAACUGAUAAUAAUAUUCAUUCAAACUCAGCAGCACUGAAAAUACAAGAGGUUAUAAGUUUGACCCAGAUAUUGGGAACGUUUGACACUAAUUUAUCCCCUAUUACCCUUUCCAAUAAAUUGGAAGCUGUGGUCAAACAAUAUAACCUUGGAAAUAAAGAUGCAUGUGCCUUGCUUAGAGCAUGGCUCCCAUAUCAGUUGGCUGCAGAACUUAGGCCUCCGGUUGGUAAGCACAUUGGGACAUUGUCCAAUAUCAAUGAAAAUUGGGGAAGUACCACUGAAAGGUUAAGAGAGUUGCAAAGGAUUUUGGGUGGGCGUGAUAUAAGAGGUACAAAUGCAUUGGAGAAUGCAAGGUAUAGGAAAGGAGAUGAUCCAAUGUUAUUUUGCACUGAUUAUCUCUCCCUAUAUAAAGUUGUAUUCAACUGCCCUGAUAUGUUGCCAGAUGAGCCCAAUUUCCUCUACUCAAUGGCAAAUAAAUGUAAUGUUGAUUACAACACAAGAACUGCCCUUAGGUAUGCCACCUCAUACAACAACUUUAUAAAUACACUUAGGGAUUGGUCUCAGGAGUCUUUUGAAUUCCAGAGACAUAUUUCUGUUGCUUCUAAAAACAACCAAAGCAGGAGAUUUCCACGGAAAUGUUACAGUUGUGGUAAGUAUGGUCAUAUUGCUCGAUUUUGCAGAACUUCUGCCAAUCAGCAUGAUACUUACCCAAUCCAUUCAAUACAGAGACAAGAGGGGGAUGCACAGGAAAAUCUAAAUGAUUAUCUCCUAGACCAUAGCCCUCCCUCAGAGCCUGAAACUGUUGUCUCCUCUGAUAACAUAGACACAGGUUCCAGUAGUGCAGGAGAUCAAAAAGAGAGCCAAAAUGAGCCCAAAAGGGAAUUUCACACACCUCCCUGUAAAACAGGAAAAGAAGGGACAACUGCCCCACCCUUUAUGCCUUGGGUGAACAUUCCACUGUGGCUUUACAGCAGUUGGUCUCACAUUGCUAUGCAAAUGCUAAUGGCCAAUUUAGCACAGUUUGCCCAGGGUGUACCAAACACAAAUUUGCCUGUUUUCUAAUGACAAGGAAUGUGAUGGAAUUAAAACUAGAUAUGGCCAUGACCACUGUAUAAUGGAUAUGUACUAUGUUAUUUGUAAUGUUAUGUAUAUUAAUUAUAUGUAUGUUUCUUUUUCAGAGUACUAGUGGAAGAACGAUUGUCCAUUUAUCCAGUAAAAUGAAGAAGAUACUGUGAUUUUAAAAUUGAUUUUUUUUUUCAACAGGUUGUAGAUUUGUUUUAAGGAGCACAGCACCUGAUGAUUUUGUGUCUUACACUAAAUAACCCUGAUUAACUGGAUAACUGUUUUUAAAACCACGUGGUACAAUCAAUGAGCUCAAUAGUAAAAUAAUUGUUUGCAAACAAUUUAAAAAACAAUAUUUAAACUCAAUAACAUCUCUUCACAAUACUGGUUUCCUUGGUAUAUUAUUAACUUUAUUGUCCACAGGUAUUUGUUUUUGUUCAUGUAUUUGUAUUGUUAAAUGUAAAUGUGUUUAUCUUUGUUUUACAUGUUGUCUCUGUUUAGUGUUUUGUGUUAGUUUGUAUACAGUAUUAGUACCUUCAUUGUUUUAUCAAAACACUGCUUAAAAUAGCAGACCGUGUAAUUUUGAAUUUUUUUUUUUUUUUUUCCAAUUUUUUUUUGCUCUCUACUUGCAUAAUGGUACCUACGUUUUUCGGUACCAAAUGGGGGGUGAUCAUAGUUUUUCUUUCCUAAAGCCCAUCAAAAGAUGCAGUAGAUACAUGAAAAUGUUUUUACAAUUUUUUUAUUGUUAUUUUUGUUUUUUUGCAGCUUUCAUUUUAUAUCAUUUUAUAUUAUUUUUUUAACUGAAUGUACUGAACAGAUAAUAAUGCUAAGCAUAUGGUCCUGCUCUUGCUCUUUUAUUUCCAGGAUCCAUGAAACUACAUAGAAAACAAAAUGUGGGCCCUGGAUCAACUGAGUUUGGUUAUGUUUUGAAGGGCAAAUGUGUUUAGAACUUUUGAAUUUUAUUAAGACAGGUUUCAGAACAGCAUUACUCACACAUUGUUCAGGUUAAAUGGAAUACAUAGGGCACAACUUUCUUCUUAGAAUAAGUAUGUUUAUGUGUAUAUAUAUAUAGCAAUAUAAGUAUGUUAUUUAUGUUUUAGUUAAUGAUGUGUUUCGUUGGUUAUACAUAGUGCAUUUGCAUAUAAAGUUAGAAGGCAUUAUGCAGAUAAAAAUAACAUUAAUUUAAGAAUAUGCAGACUAGCAAACAAAUGUCUGUAUUAUACAGAGUUUAAUUUGGUGUUAUGCUACAUGGAAUGUACAUGUAUAUAAGGUGCAGUGUUUGGUGGUAUUGACAACCUAUGUUAUUUCCUUGUAUCUUAUCAUGUGUGAAUGAGAGUGAAUGGUGCAAAGUUGUCUGUUCCCUGCCCAAGGAUGUUACACCGAUAUAGCCACAAGUCCGAAGAGGUUCUUCCAAUGCUUUCAUGGUGUGUCCUUCAGACACAAAUGGGGGAAUGUAAUAUCUCAUAUCUCAUAUCCCAUAACUAAGUGAGGUAAAGAAUUAACAGUGACUCUGGGCUCAGGGCAGUGUACACUAUAAACACAGACGCAAAGACUGACAGAACAAAGACUAUCCUGUCGUAAAAGGUGAUUGCCUUCAUAUCUAUCUCCUAACACUGUUGUAUAAAUGAGGAACAGCUAUCAUGGACAAAGAGAGGAGUCCAUAGACCCGGCCUCGGGUGAGGAAACAACAAAGUCAAUGAAUGGCAUGGGAGGAUCCCAACAACAAAGGAUGAAAGGAUAUGUGUUUACACCCUCAAGGUGUCAGAACAGGUUUCAGACCUUGGGAACAAAUGUCAGAUAUGGAAGUGACUGUCUGUGCAACACUGCCACCCACAGGACAUCUUAAACAUCAUUAGUUGAUCUACACUGCCAUCUACAGGACACUACUAACUUGGAGGUUUCCAUGGCUCAUCAUAUGACAUCGACUUGAUUGGCUGGGACUGUCUUUUGGGUGUGGCUAUCCUGGGAAAAGUGUAGUAUGCUUGUUUGAAUGGUCUUCCUUAUGUGUAUAUAAAGAGCAUUGUAAAUCC